AUGGGCGUCUUGUACGGCUCGUACGAUGAUGGACUCGAGAGCAAGGUUCAAGAGAUAAUCGACAGUGGAGAGGAAAAUAAUGAAGAACAGUACUGGUACGACGUUGAUUUCGGACCGCUUGGAGUAAUAAGGGGCUUUAUUCAUCAGACCCACAAGGACAUAAUUUGCAUCAGAAGCGUUCCAUAUGCAAAAAGGCCUGUUGGAGAUCUACGAUGGAUGGCACCAGUUUUAGAAACUGAUCUGGCCGGUUACCCCCGCUCAUUAGCCGAGCAGACUUUUGACGGAAGAAAUAUUUACCAAACUGAAGAAAAAGCACCCGCAUGUCCGAGCGCCUUUGAGUUUGGGAAUUCUACCACGGAGGACUGUUUGUACAUUGAUUUGUUUGUGCCGAGAAAAGCAAUUGAGGAGAAUCUUGAGCUGGAUAUCUUCUUGUAUUUUCAUGGAGGCGCGUUUCUUGCUGGUACGAAUGUUGUUGUUGGUCCUGAUCGCGGUGCUUACAUCGCUUCUGAGCAAAAUAUGAUCGUCAUGUCAGCAAACUACAGAUUCGGCGUCUUUGGUUUCAUGUUUUCUAACAGUUUGCAAGACAGAAUCGCGCCAGAACAUGGCCUUCGGUAUGACGAGGAUCUUCCCGUUUCCGGAAAUCAAGGUUUGAUGGAUCAACAAAUGGCGAUGAUCUGGACUCGUGAAAAUUGCAAAUAUUUUGGCGGCGCAAAAGAAAAGAUAACACUUGGAGGGAUGAGCGCAGGAGCGCAAAGUUUACACGCUCAUCUAGUCAUGGAAUCGAGCAAGGAUCUGUUCGAUAAAGCCAUCGCGUUUUCUGGACCACAAGGAAUUCCGUACUACAAUGCAGAGGAAGGGGAGCUUAUCACAGAAGGAAUUGCUCGUCUCACAAAUUGCUGCGACGGUCCUUUUCUUCCGAGUCUGCAGCCCAGAUGCAAUCGCCCAAUAGAAGCUGACACAGUCCAAUGCAUGAAGAAAAAGAGCACAUCGGAAAUUCAAGAAGCUGCGUGGAAGCUGAGACAAGCCGCUCCAAUCAACAACUUUGAAAGACUAACGAUGAUAGCAGAACCUUAUUCGCCCAUAAUCGGAACAGGGAUGCUAAAAGAAAUGCCAUUUUUCCACUUUCAACGGGGCGAAAUUCAUGACAAAGCGAUCAUCAUCGAUGUUGCCGACAAUGAAGGAUGGAAAUUCGUAGAGCCAGUUAUGCUCGGCUUGCCAUGUGACAGCAACAGCGUCUGUGAACAAAGCUGGGAUCGGCUGAAGAGCUUUCUAUUUUCCGAUGAAGAUAAGCAGAAGAUAGACGAAAGUGGCAUCUACAGCUGUCCUGAUGAUGGGUCAGAGUGCUUGGAAAAAGUGGAUGAGUUCUUGACGGAUUUUACCUGGUACUGCAACAUGAGAAAAUGCUUAGCUGAUGGCGUUCCAGUUAGUAAUUCUCCGUUAUCUAAGAAUAUUUACCUGGCCCUCGAUAGCCAGAAGCUACCCUGGGACGAUCCAAAAGGGGAGUGCGAAAUCAGCCACGGCUCCGAUCGUGCAUAUCAUAUGCAGCAUAUGAUUAUGACAAUUACCCUGGCGACGUUACUUGUGCCGUUCGUCAUGGCGUCGGCGAACAUUGGUUCUUUACCGAUGUUCUUCGAAAACAAGGAUUCAACGAAGACCUUCCCUUUCAAUUUCGAUAUCAGCAACUACACUGGAAACCCAAUAGAAGGUGCCGAAAAAGGCCACGUCAAUUGGAACCCUUGGUCAAUGGAUCACCAAUGGCUUGACGUUGGCAAUGAAGCAACAAGAGACUUCCGAAUGCAAAAAGAUGACCCUAGAGAAGCAGCGUGUUCCUUAUGGGACAAACUCGAUUUGUACAUGACUAUUUAA